UCCUCUGUCAGUCGCAGUUCGAUCGGCGAUCGCUCGCUCGCACGCACACGGGUGGACGAUCGAUCGUUUCGCGUUUUCAUCGAGAAACAGAGUGUACGAGUCGUGUUGCCAGAGACCACUUUGGGAUAAUUAAUCGCAGGGAUAAUCUGAGGAUCAAGAUGAGGACUUUCGUAGCAACAGCAGCGAUUGUGUUGAUGGCAGGAAGCUGCCUGGCCAGCCAAGAAUUCCUCUCCAAGUCUCUGAACGAGUGCAUCGCCGCGGACUCCUGGAUAUCUUGUCUGAAACACGAGGUGCUUGGAUACUUGGAUGGAAAGCUCGGAACCAGUACCGAAGCCAGAUCCUUGGAUACCGUGGACGAAGCUAUCGUUGCUAGGACCUUCAAGUACCUGAAGAGCUUCGAUUAUGGAAUUGAUUUGCCCUUCGUAGACGCUAGUCUCAAGUACAGACCUAGCAGAAGUUUAGCUGACUUAGACAUCGAAUUCAAAGGAAACGAAGUUGCUACCAGCCAAGCCAGAGGACUUUUGAAGAAGAAGCUGUUGUUGCCUUUCCUGCUGUUGUUAAAACUGAAAUUGAAAGCUUUGAUGCCAAUCUUCGUCGCUAUCAUUGGACUGAAGGCAUUGAAAGCUCUGGUGCUCUCGAAACUCGCGGUCCUUCUAGUCGUUGGAUUUAUCGCUGUGCAGUUCUUCAAGAAGAGUGGAAUGGCGAUGCCAAUGGGAAUGUCAAUGGAACCAGCUACACCGGCAUAUGGAGCUCCACCUUUGCCCUCGACCACGUCGAGCUACGAUCCGGCGAACACGUGGGAUGGAAAUGGUCCAUAUUCCCGCGUCUGGACGCCGACCAACGGUGUGGAAGCCCAGAAUCUCGCUUACUCUUACUACUCGCCAGGCAGUGGAUCGAACUCGUAUUCCUCCUCCUCGUCCUCCUCAUCAUCCUCGUCGUCAAUCAAUCCAGGCAGCUCAUCGAAUUACUAGAUCACGGUUAUAAAUAUGCGUCGUUUGCCGACCGAUGCCACGAUUCAUUCCCUGAUUAACUCAUGUUCUUAACGACGGAUCGAUCGUACGAUCGAGAGACCAAAGAGACGCACGCCAUUUGGUUAUUUAACCACCAGAACUGAAUUUGAUGAUCGUCGAUCGAAGUUAGUUCGAGAUAGACGAUCGGUCGAUCGAAGACUGCCGAUCGUUCUGCCAUACAGAGCAAAAUGAAGUUCUAUUAUCUCGUUGUACAAUUUCGAGGUUGAAAACGAUAAAUUAGUAAUUGAUAAUUUAUGGAUCGUAUAUUCGACGAGGAAAUGGAACUUUAAUGGCACUGUUCGUUCAAUGACACGUAUACGUAUACUAGUUAAAAGGUAAUCGAUUCAGUAAAAAUUGAUAGAACAAAGAGAUGAUCACCAAUCUCGAUUGACGAUGAGUCGAAGAGGCUGGCUUGAAUGUUUAUCAUUUUU